UCUUAGCGCAAAAUUUAAUUUACCUGCAACCGCCAUUUUCAUUACUUCGUAAAAUUUUGAUAAAGGAAAAUAAUUUCUGUUAAAUAAAAAUUACAUUUCAAAUUUGUAAAUAUUAGUGUAAACACUUUUAAUCGUAAUGUCUCAAUUUAAUUUUUUGAAUGAACUGACCAGUGCAAUGACACUGGACGGUGAAAUUACACGGGGACCAGCACCUCGCUGGCAAAAAAAAUUGGAAGCUUCUGCAAUGGCUAACAGCCUUAACGGAAGUAUAAAUGCGUCGCGUUCCGUACUGUCUAUGUCUUACAAUACCAGUUUUUCUGGUGUAAAUCCACCCGCAAGAACCCCAAGGAAAGUUAGUGGAGAUACAAAGUGCAAAAAAACACCGACUCCAAGUAAAGGUACAAAGACGCCAAGUGGUGGUGAUCGAUUCAUUCCAAACCGUGGAACUAGCAACUUCGAACUUGGACAUUAUUUGAUAAAACAAGAACAGGACAAAUCGGAAAACGAUGAUAAUGACAAUAGCAAUAAUGCUAACAAAAAGACACCUUCGAAGGUUGAGCGUCAAAAGCUUAUAUCGGAUUCAUUGCAAGUUGGUGAUACGAAAAGCACUCGAAUUUUAUGUUAUCAAAAUAAAGCACCUGCGGCACCAGAAUCUCAUCAAAACCCGUUAAAAGUGGUUUAUUCAAUAAAUACACCUUUAUCGACUAAAAGUGGCUCUCGUUUUAUACCAACCACAUCGGAUCGUAUUCUAGAUGCACCUGACAUAAUAAAUGAUUAUUAUUUAAAUUUAAUGGAUUGGAGUGCUGACAAUAUUGUGACAGUAGCUUUGGGUAAUGCAGUUUAUUUAUGGAACGCCGUAACGGGAAAUAUAGAUCAAUUAGUGGAGUACGAGGAAGGAGAUCAUGCCUGCGCGCUUUCUUGGAUACAAGACGGACAAAUAUUAGCAAUUGGUAAUAAUACUGGUGUAGUAGAAUUGUGGGAUUGCAAUAAAAGUAAACGUCUUCGUGUCAUGGAUGGGCACUCGGCUCGAGUAGGCACAUUGGCUUGGAAUUCAUUCCUUGUAUCAUCGGGCAGUCGAGAUGGUUCCAUCAUACAUCACGACGUACGGGCGCGUGAGCAUAAAGUAGCUAACCUAAAUGGACACACACAGGAAGUGUGUGGUCUGAAAUGGUCAACUGAUUUUAAACAUCUUGCUAGUGGUGGCAAUGAUAAUUUGGUUAAUGUAUGGGCAGCAGUAAGUGGUGGUACAGGUAGUGGUACCGAGCCUUUGCACGUACUCAACGAACAUCAAGCAGCGGUACGAGCAUUAGCCUGGUGCCCCUGGCAGCCAAACCUCUUAGCUAGUGGUGGUGGUACCGCGGAUCGUUGUAUAAAAUUCUGGAAUGUAAACAAUGGUUCGUUAGUUAAUUCGGUCGAUACUAAAUCUCAAGUAUGUGCACUUUUAUGGUCUCGAAAUUACAAGGAGUUGAUUUCGGCGCACGGUUUCGCACACAAUCAGCUGACGAUUUGGAAGUAUCCAUCAAUGAUAAAACAAGCAGAAUUAACUGGGCACACUUCGAGAGUUUUGCAAAUGGCCAUGUCACCUGACGGGAGUACAGUAAUAAGCGCAGGUGCAGAUGAAACAUUGCGUUUGUGGAAUUGUUUUGCCCCAGAUCCGCAUACCGCGAAAAAAGCGAGUAAGGCAGCAAGUAAAGCUAAGCAAAGCGUUUUUCGUCAAAGCAUUCGAUAAAUCAAGAGUACCGAUUUUUAGUUAAGACAUUUCAAAAUAUGUUGACUUUUAUGACAAAUUAGCUUAAGUAUUUGGAAAUGUAUUGGAAGUGAUGAGUGGAUAUAUUUUAACAAGAGUGCUUCUAUACGAGACAUUUUAUAGGUAUUUGUAUUUAAAUAUGUAAGUUCAGUUUUCAUUAUGUAUUUCUUAGAGUGUUCAUAUGUAUUUUUCCAUGAAAUUCUAUUUAUAAGUUAAAUUGCUAGUAAUAUUUUAUUGAUCUUGACUGAUUAUAAUGU